ACUGGCUCAUAAUUACUAAAUCUGGUUUCAUGACUGGUCUUUCCAUGUGGAGUCUGCAUUUUCUCCAAGGACAUUUUUCCAGUUUGGCUUAUUACAAAUAAAAUUACACAUUAAAAGACAGACAGAGUCAGUUUUAUCUUCUUAUUUAUGUUUUUUUUUAAUCAUGUUGAAAUUUAUACCUGACUUUUCUCUUUCCUUGUCUUCUACUUAUUUGCUCCUCCCAUCUUCCCAGAUUUCCUCACACAUCUGGUCCUUGGUUUUGCUCCACUGCUGAACUCUGAGGAGGGGAGCAGAGAGAGAGGAGGAAGGCAUGUGAAGCAGAGACAGAGGAAAAUUUUACGUGGAAAAGCUGUGAGGAGGAAAAAGAAGAGGUAAAAUAAGAAUAGUGUGGUGGUACGUUUGAGGAAUCGUUCAUGAAGACGACAGACGUAGCAGAAGGGACUUCACUUUCUGAAAAAUUGAUUUGAGCUUUAGCUAAAGUUUCUGUGUGUGUGUGUGUGUGUGUGUGUGUGUGUGUGUGGGUGUGGGUGUGUGCGUGUGUAUACGUGUGCUUCUCUAUAUCAGGUCACAUUAUGGCAUUGUUUCCAUUCUGCAAGACGUCCUCUGGAGCAGUCAGAGUGACCAGAAUACAUCUUGUCCUGUACAGUUUUCUCCUCUCUGUUAUUAUCUACUUCCUCUGGGGUCAUAAAGCCCCCGCCAGUGGUGAAUCCUCUCAUACAGUCUUCCACAGCCUGGGGUUAAAGAAGGACGGAUUAAUGACAGAGAGGAUCAUCAUCAAGGCAGAUCCAGAGUGGCCCAUGGAGACACCCUGGGGUGCCCCGUUAGUGUGGGGCGACAGCCAGAUCUCAACGUGGCGCAGAGCCAAAUUUGCUCAACGAGAAAUUCACACAGGCCUGCUGACCCUUGUAGUGGGAUCCUACAAACAUUUUUUCCAUCGCUUCCUUUCAUCAGCUGAGACCUUCUUCCUCCCGGGUCAAAUUGUCACUUACUACAUUCUUACAGACACCCCCCAUUCUCUCGAACUUCCUAAUAAGCUGGGUCCUGAGAGGCAGCUCAAGGUGAUUCCCAUCGCAGAGUUGCCCAGGUGGGACAGACUAGCCUAUCGCCGCAUGUCGUUGAUCGCUGAUGCCAUCAGAGACCCAAUCAGCAGCGAAGUUGAGUACAUCUUCUGUGCUGAUGUUGACCAAACGUUUCUGGCACCUGUGGGAGAGGAAAUCCUCGGUGACUUGGUGGCCACCUUACACCCGGAGCUCUAUGGGAUGCCUCGGAAAGCAUUUCCUUAUGAGACGGAAGUGGCCUCAUCAGCCUGUGUGGUUGAAGAGGAAGGAGACUACUACUACACCUCAGAGCUGUAUGGUGGCCUGGUUGCUGAAGUGUUUAAAUUGGCUCGUUCCUGUUCCAUGCUCAUCACACAGGAUCAGGGCAAUGGUGUAGUGGCAAGGGGCCUUGAGGAGAGCUACCUUAACCGCUACCUGAUAGACCACAGGCCCACAUGUGUGUUAUCACCAGAGUACAGCUGGUGGGAAUCGUCCUUGACCGCUGAUGUGCCUGUGAGCAGAGUGGUCUCCUUAGGAAGACAGUGUUCGUCCUACGAUAAAGAGACAAGAAUAAAGCACAAAUGCUAACUCACUAUUCAACCAUACUUUCUAAAAAAUAAAACAGGACAAGUGCAAUGCCUUGCUAGUUUCAGAACUUCAUGUGAAUGUCUUAGUGGUAUUGACAGCUGGCCUUGAAAUAAAGUUGAAGAUGUAUGCUGUAUUCAUUGAUUUAAAUGCAGUAGCUUUUUGGUUGAACUGUAUGGGUAAAGUGGACAGAAUAGGAUUUGCACCGUGCAUGUGGUGCCUGAGUUUUUUCUUAGUAGUUCUUGGAUGAACACUUUAUUGGAUCUGCCUAUUUAAUCAAAUGGCUAAGACGCAUUUGCACCGAUAUCCACAACAUGUUUUAUAGAAAAAAGACAUCAUGAAUCACAUUGUACCGUGUGUUGAGUGUAUCGUUACAUCACUAGCUGCUUGUAAAGAUGAACUCUGGUCAUGACAAAGGCAAUGCACAUGUUCAAAUCCCCAUUAGCAGCGCUGACAUUUUGUCCUAUUAGCCGUCACCUACAACAACGCAGGACCACACGGUACAACUGGCUCUCAAUUAAAAUGUCAUCCGUGUGAAUAGCACCACAGUGAAGCUGCUGUAUCUCCACUGCAAACAAAAAAAAACACAAUUGACCUGUCCCUUUAAACCAAGCCGGGUCCUCUCCAUAAAUUACAUCUGGGAGAUACUGCCCCUGCAGCUUUGUGGUCGUCAGUGAUAAGAGUCAACAGUGGAAGUACACACUUUCUUCACAAUGGCCAAUCAUUAACUGGAAGUGCUGCUGUUUCAAGGCCUUUUAAUGAUAGUGGGCCAGAGAAAUAGUGUGAUUAGGUGCUGUUUCUUAACGUUAUGUAAGAAGAAGUCAUAUGGCGAUCUGUUGGUGAAAUCAUUGAUUUUAAUUUCACACAAAGCAUUUUCAACAAGAAAAUACAGUAUGUCUUAAAGCCAA